AUGAACCGAAUUCCUUUGAGAGCCCGCCGGGGCGCUCAGCAUCACAGAGCUGCAAUCUGCCAGUUCUGUGAAUUCUCAACCUCGACAUCGCGCCCUGCCCUUCCCUUCGCUCGACUGGCCGCGGACCCCCAAAGUCGGGCUUCACGUAGCAAUCUCGGAUUGCAACCGUCGCGCCCGAAUGGACCACGGCAGUUGGCAUCUCCGCUUGCUGCCACGCGGUACAAGUCACGUCUGGCUUCUCAAAAGGCUGGGAAGCCCGUGGAACCCGAGUCGAGCUCAGCCGAGAACCCGAGCGAGCAGCUUUCUGGCACGAAUACCGAUGAUGGAGUCAACGAAAUGCCUCACUAUUCUCUUGAAGAUCUCGUUAAAAUGACACGGGACUGCGAAGCGGCGGCAUUGAAUUUGUUAGAGUCUAGCGAAGUGCCUGCCAAUAAAGACGUGGAGGACGCCCUUCUCAAAUGUGAAGAAACAGUGAAGUCACUCUCGCCAUACUGGGAUUUACGCGAUGACAAGUCAACGAGCGGUGAUGGGAAUGCAAUUUCUUCACUAUUGGAGAUGGAGGAGAAGCAGGGAUCCGCGACGCAGCCACACGAGGUUGAAGAAGCCCUCCGCGGACUGGCAGACCGAGUCUCCGAUAGCAUGACGCAAAUAAUCAAAGACAAAAAGGUCUUCAUCUCCCCCACAGCACUGGAACGUUAUGUUGGGGCCCAAUGUGUCUUGAAUCGGGCCGAGCACCUGCCAGAGGUGUUCCAUCUAUACGCCAACAAGCCGAUUCCCGAGGAGAAGAGUAACCCGCCUAAAUUUCACAAGGCAAACCCGAAGGAUGUGAACAGCGCUGUUUCCGCGGAGUUGGCAAACCAGGCCAUCGACGUCGCUAUCAAGCAAAAGAAUCUCCCGCUGGUACUCGCAAUGAUCGAUAACACCUUUUGCGCACCUGCUUUCCAUCGCGCGAAGGUCUUCCGAAAGGCUGCCGUUCCCUUGGCUGGUCUGGCUGCUGCUCCGGCCGCGUGCUUCACACUCGCAUCGUGGGCAGCAACGUUCCAAAACACUAUGGAUCCUAGCACGGCAACUGGUAUUGCUUUCGCCGCGUCACUUGCCUAUGUAGCCGGUACCUCUUCCAUGGGCAUUUUAGCCAUUACUACCGCGAAUGACCAGAUGAAGCGCGUCACCUGGUUAUCUGGCGUUCCUUUGCGGCAUCGAUGGCUCCGCGAGGAGGAGCGCGCUGCAUUAGACAAGGUCGGUUGCGCGUGGGGAUUCCAAGAUCCUUAUAUGCAUGGAGAGGAGACGGGCGAAGAAUGGGACAGUCUGCGCGAGUUUAUUGGCAUGCGGGGUAUGAUUCUGGAUAAGACAGAGUUGAUGGAAGGUAUGCAGUAG